CUCGACAUUGGAGCUCCCACUCUCAUCAUCAGUCUCCAGUACCACCCCCAACCCAUUAUGUUUUUCAACCAUUAAGCCAAGUUUUUGGACCAUUCUUUCAUUCAGAUACUGAUGGGUCUGAAACGAUUUUGGCUGUAGGGUGUGAAAGUCUUGUUGAAAAUUUAUUUUGUCUGGUGUCAAUCUUCGAGUUUCGUUCACAAUGAGAGAAGAAAACCCAUCUGAGAAUCGAGUGAAAUCAUUAAAGUUUGCCGAUCAAAAUCAGGGGAAAACCAGCAGCAACCCCUCAAGACUGCGGUCUGCUUCUUCGUGGGGUUCUCACAUUGUGAAGGGGUUUUCAGCGGACAAGAAGAACAAGUUGCAGACCACUGCGGCUGCCAAGAAAGUGCCGCUCACUAGCUCAGACAUUGUCAACCAGAAGAACCCAUUAGUGACUUCGCAUUCCCGUGUCAAGCGGUCGCUUAUCGGUGACCUAUCGUGUUCUGUGAAUGCCAGUCAAGUUCAUCCGCAGUUGUACAAUAGCAACCGCACCAAGUCUUCUCGUGACUUGUUUCUUGAGCUUGAUCAUUUGAGAAGCUUGCUUCAGGAGUCGAAAGAAAGGGAAUUCAAACUUCAAGCUGAGUUGUUGGAAUUUAAGAGGAAUCCGGAAAUUUUGGAUCUUGAGAGGGAACUUGAGGUGAAGAAGAGCGAAGUUAAUGAACUAUCUCAGAAAGUUAGACUUCUAGAAUCCGAAAAAACAAGCCUCUCUGAACAAUUAUCAGGCUUAGCUUCUAUUGCAGAAAGGCGGGAAGAAGUACUGAAAAGGGAAGACCUUGAAAUUUCAUCAGCACCAUCACAGCGAACUCUUGAGAUGGAAGUCGUUGAGUUGAGGCGCUUGAACAAGGAGCUCCAGCUUCAAAAGCGAGACCUUUCUUGCAGACUUUCUUCAACGGAAUCCCAAUUGAAUACACUCUCCAAAGUUUAUGAGAGUGAUACAGUUGCAAAUAUUCAGGCCGAGGCAUCCUUGUUAAGACACACAAAUGAAGAUUUGUGUAAACAAGUUGAAGACCUACAGAUGAGCCGAUUGAAUGAGGUGGAGGAGCUUGUGUACUUGAGGUGGGUCAAUUCUUGUUUACGGAAUGAAUUGCGCAAUUCAUGUUCAGUGACAAAUUCAGACAAGACGUCAAGCCCAAAUUCAAUCGAAGGGAGUCGUGAAUCUGACAGCUCAUUUUCAUGUCAGACUGAUGAUUCCCUAGAAUAUAGUAGCAUCAAGAGGUUAAAUUUGAUAAAGAAGUUGAAGAAAUGGCCUAUUAUUAGUGAGGAUUUGCCAAAUCUAGAUUGCCCUGAUAAUCUUUUAGAAAAAAGUUGGGUAGACCCGGAAGAAGGAAGAAGUCCAAGAAGAAGACACUCUAUAAGUGGAUCAAAAUGCAGUGCAGAAGACCUUGUACAAAGUAAGAGGAGACAAUCUGAUGGUUUUAUGUGCCCAAAAGAAAUGGAAAAGGAAGCAGAGCCAUUGGUUUCUCAAAAAUAUGAGUUGGGUAUAGUUCAAAAACCUCAACUCUGGGGAAAUUGCCAGGAAACUGGUAAAUUUAUGGCUUCUUUAGAUGUUGAAAAGAGGGCAUUGCGCAUUCCUAAUCCCCCUCCUAGGCCUUCUGGUGCCCUUUCAAGUGGACCCAAAGAGGAGGUUUUGGCUCAAAUUCCACCACCCCCUCCACCUCCCCCUCCACCACCACCUCCUCCUAAGUUCUCAGCAAGGAGUACCACAGGAAUUGUGCAGCGAGCUCCACAAGUUGUCGAGUUCUAUCAUUCCCUUAUGAAGAGGGACUCUAGGAAGGAUUCUUCUAAUGGAGGAAUCUAUGAUACCCCUGAUGUUGCAAAUGUUCGAAGCAACAUGAUUGGUGAAAUUGAGAAUCGGUCAUCAUAUUUGCUUGCCAUAAAGGCAGAUGUUGAGACUCAAGGAGAAUUUGUGAACUCUUUGAUAAGAGAGGUCAAUAAUGCAAUUUAUCAGAACAUUGAAGAUGUUGUUGCAUUUGUGAAGUGGCUUGAUGAUGAGCUUUGCUUUCUUGUGGAUGAAAGGGCAGUCUUAAAGCACUUUGAUUGGCCAGAGAAGAAGGCUGACACAUUGCGAGAAGCAGCAUUCGGGUAUAGAGAUCUCAAGAAGCUGGAAUCAGAAGUUUCUUAUUACAAGGAUGACCCGAGAGUGCCCUGUGACAUUGCCCUGAAAAAAAUGGUUGCUUUAUCUGAGAAGAUGGAGCGCAGUGUUUAUAACCUUUUCCGAACAAGAGAAUCAUUGAUGCGUAAUUGCAAGGAGUUCCAAAUUCCCACAGAUUGGAUGCUUGACAAUGGGAUUAUAAGUAAGAUAAAGUUUGGCUCGGUCAAGUUGGCUAAGAAGUACAUGAGGAGGGUAGCUAUGGAACUUCAGUCCAAGGGGGCAUUUGAAAAAGAUCCAGCAAUGGACUAUAUGCUGCUCCAGGGAGUGAGAUUUGCUUUCAGAAUUCAUCAGUUUGCAGGAGGAUUUGAUGUAGAAACAAUGCAUGCAUUUGAGGAGCUUCGCAAUCUUGCACACCUUCUUAACAAAAAAUACAAAGAUCAGAAAGGGAAAAACAAUGUAGGCUUACCAUCUCAGUGAGUCUAAUACAAAAGAUGAGUUUUCAAAGUGUGAUUCUGGUAUGAGUUGCCUUUUUUGUUGUUGGGACUGUUUUAAAGUUAAAAAGUUGGUGUAACAGAGAAGGAUUGAAAAUUUUGUAGAGUUUUUGAUACUCAUAUAUUGUUCAUAGUAUCUUGAUGAAAAUGCAGUGUUGGCACUCAUCUCUGCUGAUUUGUGUGAAGCAGAAUUAUUUAAGAAAUAGUGUAUUUUGUAUCUAGGAAAGCCAAAUUUGAGUAGUGAAUGAUCUGUUUUGAGUUA